GAAAAAUGGCGGCUCUAGGCGAACCUAAACGGGACGCCGGGCUAACGUUUUGAGCUCUCCUGGCCGAGAAGACAGCAGGGCUUCCAGGGGAUAGUACACCGUAUGAAUCCCUACCGACCCCAUUUUUCUGGAUUGCAAUUUUCGCUCGCGUUAGUGUAUGCUUUAUAAACGCAAAAAUUGGGACAGUAAAAUAAUCGCUUUCGCUUAUCAUGAGAGGGAAGAGAGGCAGGCCGCCCAAACCGCUACAAGCCGAGGAACCGUCCCCUGCUACGGCCAGGGGCUUACGACCGAGGCGGAAUCUCAAGCCCAGGCUUCGGGACAGCGAAGAUGAGGACGCAGAUAGCCCCACUAGAGAGACCACCAAGACCCACAGAAAGAAGAAGCGGGGAUCCGUCACGUCAACACGGGGAAGGGGACGAGGCAGAGGCGGCGGUGGCAGAGGAGGCAGAGGGGGACGUGGAGGAAGGCGGACGGCUGUGUCCAAAACAGUGGUGUACGACGACCAUGAGAGUGACGAGGAGGACGAUGCUGUCAGUUUAAGGUCUGAGGAGGAUGAGUUUAUAGAGGAAGAGCCUCAGUCCGAGGAGGAUGAGGCCCUCAAAGAGGACUCGGAUUGCCUGGAAGAUGAUGUGCUGGACGGGGAGGAGGAGGAUGAUGAUGAUGGGAGCUACUGUACAGAGAGUAGCUUUAGGAGUCAGAGCACACACGCCAGCACCCCCGGAAAGAAGAAAGUACGACCCCGACCUCGCACUCCCAUCCUGGAGGAGAAGGAGAUCCCUCCUCUUUUCCUUCCCGACUCCUCGGAGGACCUCCUGGUGCCUAACGAGGAGAUGCUGAACGCCACCUCCAUCUAUGAGGUUGUAAGGAACUUCAGCACUGUUCUGCGUCUGUCCCCCUUCCGUUUCGAGGACUUCUGUGCAGCACUUGUCGGCCAGGAGCAGUGCACUUUAAUAGCAGAGACCCAUAUUUCCCUCUUAAAGGUCAUCCUGCGUGAGGAGGACUCCUCCAACACUACCUUUGGCCCCGCAGACCUCAAAGACAGCGUCAACUCCACUUUGUACUUUAUAGACGGCAUGACGUGGCCCGAGGUGCUGCGAGCGUACUGUGAAAGCGACCAUGAGUACCACCACGUACUGCCCUACCUGGAGACGGACGAGUAUCCGUACAGUCCGCUUGAAAGUAAAAUCAAGGUGCUACAGUUUUUGGUGGACCAGUUUCUUACUACCAACAUCGCCCGUGAAGAGCUGAUGUCUGACGGGAGUAUGCAGUACGACGAUCACUGCCGCGUGUGUCACCGUCUGGGGGACCUGCUGUGCUGCGAGACCUGCUCAGCGGUUUACCACCUGGAGUGCGUGAAGCCUCCCCUGGAGCAGGUUCCAGAGGACGAGUGGCAGUGUGAGAUUUGUGUGGCACACAAGGUGCCCGGUGUCACGGAUUGUGUGUCAGAGGCACAGAAGACCAGGCCCUACAUCCGGCAGGAGCCCAUCGGAUACGACCGCCACCAGAGGAAAUACUGGUUCAUAAACAGAAGGAUUAUUGUUGAGGAGGAUGGGGAGCAGGAGAAGAAGAAGAUCUGGUAUUACAGCACUAAGGUGCAGCUGGAGGAGCUGAUGGAGUGUCUGGAUAAGGAGUACUGGGAGAUGGACCUCUACAUCACCCUGCAGGAGAUGAAGGAGGAGGUGCAAGCUCACAUGGACAUCACUGAGGAGCUGACCAACAAAGCCAGAGCAAACAACAAAGCCUACCUCACUGCUGUCAACGAGCUCAUCACAGAGCGUCUGAAGGUUCGGCGGGAAGCGCAGGAAGCAAAAAGACGAGCAGAGGAGGCGAAGCGAGAGGCAGAAACGACCUCUGCUAAGACGGAGGGGAACGGGGAGGUGCUCGAAAACAAAGAGUCGAAAAACACAGAGUCUGCAGAUGAUACUAACUCACAAGCAGCUGCAGCUCCCCCUGCUGCGGAGGAGAACUCUGUGUCUGACCCAAACCCCAGCUCAGCCAACCAGGACGCAUCCUCACCUACAACCGAGAACACUGAAGCAAACAAAGAAACCCAGCCGGCGCAGUCUGGGACCCUGGAGAGCUCUGGGAGCCCUCUGUUGGGGGGGCAGGGAAAAACAGAUGAGGGUGCAAAAUCAGAAUCCAGUAAUGAAGACAAACAGCCUGACAAGUCACAGACACAAACUGCAGAUCAGCCACAGCAGCGGUCGUCUCAAACAGCGAGCAGCAGCAGUAGCAGUCAGGCGUCUGGAUCUGGGAACGUCUUGAAGCCUGAACAGCCGGACGUGACCGAUCCGUCAUCUCGGUCCUCCUUUACAAGCCAGGAUGGGACAGAUGAGUAUAAUGAAAGGAUGAAGAAUGAAAGAGGAAGAGUGGUAGGUCAAGGAUCCAAUCAUCAAACACCCAGAGGCAGCAAAGAGUCCUCUCCCGUGCCUUUUGAUGGUGAAAAUUCACGCCUCAGCUUCCUCAAAAGAGACCUGGUAGUGAACCUGAACAACCUGUUCAAACUGGGACAGGAAGGUAAAUACCGAGUCUACCACAACCAGUUCAGCUCCAACGUUCUGGCCCUGAACAAGCACCAGCACCGCGAGGACCACGACAAGAGACGCCACCUCUCCCACAAGUUCAGCCUCACCACUGCCGCUGAGUUUAAGUGGAACGGCUCGAUUUAUGGCUCCAGGAAUCUGACCGUCUCUACACUGCGUCUCACCAUCAUCCAGCUGGAGACGAACGUGCCCGGACCGUUCAUGCAUCCUAACUGGGCUUCACACAGAACCAACUGGAAUAAAGCGGUGCAAAUGUGCAGCAAAGCCAGAGAGUUUGCGUUGGCUUUGGCCAUCCUGGAGUGUGCCAUCAAACCCGUGGUCAUGCUGCCUGUGUGGAAAGAUUCUCUCGGACAUACAAGGCUGCUUCGUAUGACCUCCAUGGAGCGGGAGGAGAAAGAGAAGGUGAAGAAACGAGAGAAAAAGCUGGAGGAUGAGGAGACGCUGCAGCAGGCCACCUGGGUCAAAUACACCAUCCCCAUCAAGCACCAGGUGUGGAAGCAGAAGGGUGAGGAGUACAGAGUGACGGGGUACGGUGGUUGGAGCUGGGUCAGUAGGACUCGUGUGCCACGUUUUGUCCCAAAGCUUCCAGGGAACACAAAUGUAAACUACCGCAAAGAACUCGAGGCAGCUAAACUGAGGAAAGAAAACGCAGCAGCUUGCACAAAUACGCAGGAAAAUUCAGAAGAAACAGAGACAACUAAGAACACCUCAGAUGAAGACAAAGAAGCAGCUUCUACUACGAGUGCGUCUUCACAGAGCACGACACCGGAGGAACCUCAGACCGCCAUGGAUGCUGAAAAAUCUACAGGAGAGAAGGAACAGGGAGGGAAUGUAGAGGAAACGAGAGGGGAAGAAAAAAUGGAGGUGGAUCCCAGCCCAGACACUACUUCUCCCAGUAACGAGAAAGAUAAAGCUGGAAACCCAGAUCCUUCCUCUACAUCUGUGCAGGCUGCUAGCCAAGAACCAACCCUUAAAGUGGGACAGUCCACAAAUGAGGAGACCGCCCCAGCUAAACCGUACUACGACGUUGUGAAUGUCAGUGAGGGCUUCCAGCUGCGGACGGCGUAUAAGAAGAAGGUGAAACCCUCCCGGCUGGACGGGCUUUUGGAGCGCCGGGUGAAGCAGUUCACUCUGGAGGAGAAGCAGAGGCUGGAGAGGAUGAAACAGGCAGCGCUUCUGAACAAAAUGGCAGCAUCAAAGUCAGCGGUUAAGACCGAAGGAUUGACGUCAGGAAAACAGCAGCCCACUGUCACCCCGAGUGUGAAAGAGGAGAAGGAGGAGAAUGUCCAGGAUGGCGUGGUGAAGAAGCUGAACUUUGAGGAGGCACAGACGGAGAUAAAAGAAGACAACUCAGACAGCAACCACAGCAAACAGACGGAGUUGAAUGCUGGGAACGGAGAGGCCUUAACUCACCAAGAGAUGAAUGGAGAAAUGCUAACAAGCACUGAGCUAAACAACAAGAGCAACAGUGUACAAGAUGGAGUAGACAGCAAAGAAAAAACACAGAAUUUAAAGAAGCGCACGUUUGAGGAAAUUGAGCGAGGUACGGAGAGCGUGGAGGCGGAGCAGAGCAGGAGCAGUCCUCUGCAGGUGAACGGACAAGCCGGGGUUAGCAACUCUGAAAGCCACGAUGGUGUUAAAGAGCCAGUCAAGUCUCUCAUGAAUGGAAACCUCACACAGAAUAAUGUACCUGAUGAAUGUCACCAACCUCCCAUGAAAAUCCCCAAACUGGAGAACCACGUUUCAGAGCGAGGAGACGAUAAGAACGAGGAUGGAGUGAUGAAGAGCGAGGCUGUGGCGCCUGCUUCCUGUCUGAAUAGCAACACCACAGAUAAUAACAACAGCAGUGACGAUGUGAAGAACUCGGCCACCGCUAACAGCACAGCAGAGUCCCACAAUGCACUGCAGGCUGAAGGGAAGUCUCAAGCAGUAGGUACCACAGUCUCCACUGUUCCUGCUCCCGUCCCUCUAAAGGCCAAACCUGCAGACACCAAGAUGGUCACAUCUGGAUCGGCGAAUAGCACCUCGAUGACGAUCAGUAAAGAAUACUCCACCAGAGACCGAGUCAGCCUCCUCAGGUUCUCCAAAGCUAGGAAGGCACGUUCGGGAACAGCCCUUCCGUCGUACAGGAAGUUUGUCACCAAGAGCAGCAAGAAGAGCAUCUUCAUCCUGCCCAAUGAUGACCUGAAGAGGCUGGCGAGGAGAUCGGGCAUCAGAGAGGUGCCGAUCUUCAACUACAAUGCCAAACCAGCCCCUGAUAUCUGGCCCUACCCUUCACCUCGACCCACCUUUGGGAUCACGUGGAGGUACCGUCUGCAGACUGUGAGGUCUUUGGCGGGGGUCAGCCUGAUGCUGCGGCUGCUGUGGGCGUGUCUGAGGUGGGACGACAUGGCUGUGAAGCCGUCUGCUGCUGUGGGGACGACGAGGAAAGAAACCACGGACACAGACAUUAUCACAACAGAGAUUAUAAAACGACGAGACGUGGGACCUUACGGCCUCCGCUCUGAAUACUGCAUCAGAAAGAUCAUCUGUCCGAUUGGAAACAGAGACACUCCCAAAGAAACCCCCACUCCACAGAGAAAAGGCCUGCGCUCAAGUGCCCUGAGACCCAAGAAGCCGGAGCCGGCUAAGCUGACCGGGCCUGUUGCCGUGGAGACGUGGGUGGCUGAGGAGGAGCUGGAGCUGUGGGAGAUCAGGGCCUUUGCAGAAAAAGUGGAGAGGGAGAAGUCCCAGGGGAUUGAUCCCUCUAAGAGCGGCAGCGCCCUGAAGACUGCUGAGGACGUGAAGGCUCACCUGGAGAAUCAGCUGAGACAGGCCAGACUGGCAGCACAGCAGAAACGUCUGGAAACGCCAAGACCGAGCACACCCGGCUCCACUUUCCCAACAACAACCAGCACCUCCUCGCCCUCCACACCCAGCACGCCGGUGUCCACAGGUCAGAGACUGGGUCAGGUCACACCUGGAACAAAGAUGGUCCUGGCCUCCAAACUGGCCUCUCCGGUUCCCUUCCAGCAAGGCAAAAACUUCCACCAAUCGUUCGCUUCCUGGGUCAAGCAGGGUCAGAACAACAACGGCAGCAGUAGCAGCAACAACUCUGGUGUAGUGCAGCAGAAAGUCCUGGGCAUAUUCCCCUCCGGACCCCCUGCAAACCUGAGGACCUACAGCACACUGCAUCCUACAACCGGCAACAUCAACCUCAGAGCGUCCACGUCUGCCUCCAGCACUCAGCAGCAGGUCAUCAAAGCAGGAGGUCAAACACAGCCUGGCACCACGAUGAGCCCAUCACCUUCAACAUCUACCUCUGUGAGCACAGGGAUGGUCAGAAGUCAGGCUCAACAAGCUGCACCUCAGCAGGCUGUAGCCCCGAUGGGCCCGGCUCAGCCAGGAUCUACACCUGUGAGCGGUUCUACCCCUGCAGCUCAGAAAACAGCAGGUCCUGCACCAGCACCAACAGCACCUGGACAGACACCUGCAGCUGCCCCCCAGACCCCCAGACCACAGCAGGGUCAAGUUAAACUCACCAUGGCGCAGCUGAUGCAGCUCACACAGGGGGCUCAGGGUGGAAAUCCAGGUCUGACGGUGGUGAUCCAGGGUCAGGGUCAGACACAGGGCCAGCUGCAGAUCAUCCCACAGGGUGUCACAGUCAUCCCCGGUCCUGGGCAGCAGCUCAUGCAGGCAGCUAUGCCAAACGGUCAAGUCCAGCGCUUCCUCUUCACCCCAAUGCCUCCAUCCUCAUCUGCUUCAACCUCAGCAUCCACCACUGCUACCCCAACAAAACCCGCCCCAGCCCAGACCCCUCCGACCCCAGUAACACCACCAGCUCAAGUCAGAGCCCCUGCACAGGUCCAAACAACUCCUUCAGCCCUCUCCCAGGCACAAAUGUCUGCCCCUGUACCCACCCCAACACAAAUGCCGAGUUUGGCUCCGACUCCGGCCUCGGUCCCUUCUACGGCCCGUGCUCCAGUUACCCAUAUCCCGAUGCAAACACAAGUUUCAGCCCCUGCCCCGUUACCAGUCCCUGCACAGCCUCAGAUAUCCGCUCCUGUCCCUGCUCUGCCGCACAUCACGCCACAGACCUCUUCACAGGUCUUAUCCUCCACCCCGGCCUCUUUACCCACGCAACCCCCAGUGGCGAGACCUGUCUUCUCCCCAGCCCCAAACACGGUGUCAGCCAUGCCACAACCACAAAUUUCCAUGUCUCCCCCUGGCUCAUAUCCCUCACAAACCCAAACUACAGCAUCACCUCCUGCCCCCAGAUCAACUGCACCUCAACACCACCUCCAGACCUUCAGCCCCGCCCCUUCCUUCACGUCAGCCCAGCCCCAAAUACACGUCUCUGCUCCAGCCCCGACUCCUGCACCCUCUUACUCCGCUCCCAUGCCCGUGUCCGCCUCUCUUCCCUCACAUGUCCAUGUCCCAACCCCUGCUCUGGCUCCUGUCUCCGCUCCUGUCAUAGCUGUGGUGUCCACCCAGAUCCCUGUCCCCUCGCCGGGCAGAGCUUUGACCCAUAUACAGACCACCGCUCCUGUUCCUCUUCACGCCGCUGUGGCUAAUGCUGUCGUCACACCGGUCACGGCCACCUCUACAACACCUUCAGUGCCAGUUCUUGCCGAGCAGAGAGCCGCUCAGCCUCAAACCUGGACUUCAGUCCCGUCUCAGGCUCCCAGUCCAGCUCAGCAGGCUGCAGCCCCAGUGCAGACCCCCAUCCAGGCUCCCAUUUCUGCCCCUACACCAGUUUCUACACAUCCACCCGCACCCCCUCUGCCUCCAGCCCAAGUCCAAGUCCAGCACCCAACCAUGGUGUCCAUGCAGCAGGUGUCUCAGAGCCCGGUCUCAACGGUGCAGGUUCACAUGAAGGGAGUACCGGUCUCUACAGUGAGACCUCCCCAACCUCUGAUCCAAACCCAAACCCAGCGUCAGGCCCAGAUCUGUGCUCAGAUUCAGGUCCAGCCCUUCAGCCAAGUCCAGCAGAUUCAGGCCCAAGCACAAACCCCAAACCAGCCCCAGGUCAGGGUUCAGUUUUCACCUCAAACCCAACUACAGCCCCCCAUUCAAAAACCACCUCAGGCACAGUUUCAGCCCCAAAACCAAACCAUGCCCCAGGUCCAGGUUUCUGCCCAGUCCCAGCUCCAGGUCCAGUCAAGGGUCCAACCUCAACCCCAGGUUCAGUCUCAGGUCCAGACCCAGCUCCAUCCCCAGGUUCAGGUCCAGUUCCAGCAGCAGAGCCAGACUCACCCCCAGACUCAGGCUCUGCAGCAAACCCAGGUCCAAACCCAGACCCAGGUCCACCCUCAACCUCAGUUUCAGGUCCAGUCACCACAGCAGACCCAGGUCCAGCAGCAGCAACCCCAGGUCCCACCCCAACCCCAGUUUCAGGUCCAGUCCCCACAACAGACCCAGCUCCAGCAACAGCAGCAACCCCAUGUCCACACCCAGGUCCACCCCCAGUCACAAUUUCAAGUCCAGUCCCCAACGCAGAUGCAGGUCCAACAGCAGCAGCUUAAGGUCCAAGCCCAAACCCAGGUCCACCCUCAGUCCCAGGUCCAAGCCCAGCCCCAGUUUCAGGUCACGUCACCUCAGCAGCUUCAGGUCCAAGCCCAACCCCAGGUCCAGGCCAAACUCCAGGUCCAGUUCACACCUCAGAACCAAACCCAGGUCCAAACUCAGCCUCAGAUUCAGGUUCAGUCCCCCAUCAGGCACCAGCUCAUCACUGUUCCGGGUCUCCAGCAGCCGGUCCAGCUCCUCUCAGCCCUGCCUCCCCAUGUUGCUGCCCAGAUCCAAGCCCAGAUCCAGGCGCAGGCACAGCAAGGGGGCGCCAUCCCUCAGCAGAUCAAACUGCAGCUGCCGAUCCAGAUCCAGCAAGCAGGGGGGCAGAUCCAGACCCAUCAAAUCCAGAAUAUGGUCACCAUACAGGCACCGGCGAGCGUCCAGGAGCAGCUGCAGAGGAUGCAACAACAACAACAACAGCAGCAGCAACACCAACAACAACAGCAGCAGCAGCAGCCACAACAGCAACCAAAACCAAAGAAGAAGAAACACCCGGAGGCUAAAAGGGAACCGAAGGAGCAGAACCUGCAGUCAGUCAGUCCUGGAGACGGCAUCCAAAAGCCUGUGUUUGUGAAGCAGAAUGUUACAGCAGAGCAGCUGAAACAGAGGAAGAGUCUGGCUGCUGCAGAGCGAGAGGAGAACCAGAGAAUGAUUGUCUGCAACCAGGUGAUGAAGUUCAUACUUGACAAGAUCGAGAAGGACGAGAAGCAGGCGGCAAAGAAGAGGAAGAAGGAGGAGGUGGUGGAGCAGAAACGCUCCAAACAGAACGCCACCAAGCUGACGGCGCUGCUGUACAAGCACAAAGAGCAACUGAAGGCCGAGAUCCUGAAGAAGAGGGCGCUGCUGGACAAGGAGCUGCAGCUGCAAGUACAGGAGGAGCUGAGGCGAGACAUAGCCAGACUUCAGAGAGAGAAGGAAAAAGCCCGCGCUGCUAUCGCUCAGGCCGCCGCUGCAACCGUCAAAGCCGCUGCCGCCUCCCACUCCUCCUCCCACCCUUCCCACUCCUCACAUUCCUCUCACAGCAGCCACACCUCAUCUUCCUCGUCCCACAAACGAAAGAGGGAGGAGGAGCGAGACAGAGACCGGAACAGAGACAGGGACCGACAUCACGACAAGGACAAGAAGAGGGACCGGGAAAAGGAACGAGACCGAUACAGAGACAGGGAGAGAGAACGGGACGGGGAGAGAGAGAGGGAGAGGGACAGAGACAGAGAGCGGGACAGACAUCGAGACAGAGACCGAGACAAAGACAGAGACAGGGACAGAGACAAGGACCGGGACUCAAACUCAUCAAAACACAAGAAGAAGAAGAAGCUCUCUUCUACCUCAAAGGACCACAAGAAAGACAGCAAACUGUACUGUAUCUGCAAAACGCCGUACGACGAGUCAAAGUUUUAUAUCGGAUGCGACCUGUGCUCCAACUGGUUCCAUGGUGCUUGCGUGGGCAUCACAGAGAAAGAGGCGAAGAAGCUGGAGGACUUUGUAUGUAACGACUGCAAACGAGGACAGGAAGGAGGAAGCAAUGAGGAGUUAUACUGCAUCUGUCGGACGCCAUACGACGAAUCACAAUUUUACAUCGGCUGCGACCGCUGUCAAAACUGGUACCACGGGCGCUGUGUGGGCAUCCUGCAGAGCGAGGCCAAUCACAUCGACGUGUAUGUCUGCCCGCAGUGUCAGUCGACAGAAGACGCCAUGACGGUCCUCACGCCGCUCACUGACAAAGACUACGAUGGGUUAAAAAGAAUAUUACGCUCGUUACAGUCUCAUAAAAUGGCGUGGCCCUUCCUUGAACCAGUGGAUCCCCACGAUGCACCGGAUUAUUAUCGCGUCAUCAAGGAGCCGAUGGACUUUUCUACGAUGGAAACCCGUCUGCAGAAGCGACAUUACCACAAGCUCACAGAGUUCGUGGCCGACGUGACCAAAAUCUUCGACAACUGCCGCUAUUACAACCCCAACGACACGCCCUUCUUUCAGUGCGCCGAGGUGCUGGAAGCCUUCUUUGUACAGAAGCUGAAAGGUUUCAAAGCGAGCAGAUUGUCAGAUUCUUAAAGGGGCCAGUCUAGCAGGAGUCUGGACUGGAAGCUGGGGUCUCUUAUAAUAAUGUCUCGACAACUUUCUUAUGUCCAAAAACAGCAGAAAGACUAAAGACAGGAGUCAGAAACACUCACACCAAAUGUGCUUUCAUGUAAACGCCAAACAUUUGGCCUUCAUGGUAACCGUUUUGAUUUCCAGCUAAAGACAGCAGCCAUGUUGAUGUGGUCAUCGGUUUCUGGUCCGAUCCUUUCCAUCACAGCGUUGCAGAUGUUUUAAUGCAUUUUAGUCCCUUAGUGUCUCUUCAACUCCUCAUAGUUUAUUAUUAAAUGAGAAGACACUCGCUGAUCACUUUAUUAGAUACACAGCCAACUGCUUUUUAAUGCAAACAUCUAAUCAGCCAGUCACAUAGCAGCGGCCGGUGCAUUUAGGCACACAGGCUGGUUAAGACGAUGUGCUGGAGUUCAAACCGAGUAUCAGCAUGGGAAGGAAAGGUAAUUUUAAAGACCUGCAUGGUUGUUGGUUGUCUUGCAGGCUUGCUUCAUCAAAGUCCAAAUUUUUCAUGAGAUUAUUAAUAGUGGUUGAAAUAUUUAAGACAUUUGGGUUGCUGUUUAGAAAGUGGUGGUGGUGGUGUCUUAUGAUGACCAGCUGACAACCACUGCAGUAAGCUAUUUAAAUGCAGAGUGUGCAGACACAACUACCAGGCCACUGGCAUCCUUAAGGGGGAGUAAGCUCCGCCCCCAGGUUUGGUUGGCACUCCCUGCUCAGAAGAAAAUUCAGCCAUCCUCUCCUGAUCGUUUCCUCAGCUACCAGCAGAGAGGAGGAUCAGGAGAGCCACAUCCAUUCCCUGACAGGGGUGGAGUCAGACAGCUUAUUAAGAUUUAAAGCCACAGAAACAGCUCGUUCUGAGCAGGGCUGGAACAGAGGGAUUUUU